AUGGAAGAACAACAUAAUGCUGAACAUGCAUUCAUUGUUGCCGGGCUAGUUGGACCGGUGGUUGAUCGAGUCUUGGUGCUGUUUGACACCGAUAUUUUACUAAGGGACCGAUAUAUCACCGAUAUAACCGAUAUAUCACCGAUAUUUAUAUCUUUGGAUGAUGUUAUGGAAGAGCUUGGACUUGGUCCAAACGGCGGUCUUUUGUAUUGCAUGGAACAUCUUGAAGAAAAUCUGGACGAGUGGUUAAACGAAGAGCUGGAAAAUUUCAUGGAAGAUGAUUAUCUAGUAUUUGACUGCCCGGGUCAGAUAGAACUCUUUUCUCAUGUUCCGGUUCUUAAAAAUUUUGUUGAGCAUUUGCAGCGUAAGAAUUUCAAUGUUUGUGCUGUCUACUUGCUUGAUUCUCAGUUUAUUACGGAUGUGACGAAGUUUAUUAGUGGUUGUAUGGCUUCACUCUCCGCAAUGGUUCAACUUGAAUUACCUCAUGUUAACAUCCUCUCGAAAAUGGACCUCGUGACUCGAAAAAGAGACAUCGAAGAUUACUUGAACCCAGAGCCUCAGACUCUGCUGGCAGAACUGAAUCAGCGCAUGGGUCCUCAAUUUCAAAAGCUUAAUAAAGCCUUAAUCGAAUUGGUGGAUCAGUAUAGCAUGGUGAGUUUUGUGCCACUUGAUUUAAGGAAAGAAAGCAGCAUACAAUAUGUUCUUUCACAAAUUGACAACUGCAUUCAAUUCGGAGAAGAUGCUGAUGUGAAGAUUAAGGAUUUUGACGAAGAUGAAGAAGAUCAGGACUAGAAUGCGUGUCAUCUUUUAAGGUUCAUCACAACUGAUUCGUGUCCUUUUGGCAUAAUUGAAUGAUGU